GGCGCCGUUCUCGCGCAUCCUCAACACAGACGCAUUUCGGCCCUGUCCCGAUCCCGACUUCAGUCUCCUCGACCCGCUUUUGUACUCUACACCCGCGUCGUUGAUGUUCAUCUGAACAAAAAAUCGAUCCAAGCCCUUCCUACUAUUCGACCGGUCCCUUUAACACCACAAAAUGUACCGGUUCGAACAUCUUGUUGGGUCCCUUUUCAUCGCUAUGCUUUGCAUCGAAAGUGGUGCUGCAAUAUCAUGCUACGAAUGCAACAGCGCGAUGGACAAGCGAUGUCUAGGGGAUGAAAACAACAAGUUAACGAACGACCUGAAGAAGGACUGUUCGGCGAGACAAACUCCAGAUAAGAAACCUUACACUUUGUGCAGGAAAAUCAAACAAGUCAUCGAUUUUGAAGUCAAUGGACUUCAACCAGAUAGCAGAAUAAUCCGAACUUGCGGUUACGAAGACCACCAAUACGCCAACCGCUGCUACUCGAAGUCUGGCUUCGGCGGAAGACAAGAAGUAUGCUCCUGUCAAACUGACAGCUGCAACGGAAGCACCGCCAUAUUGGCGAGCUUAGCUCUUGUUCUCGGCAGUAUGAUCGCUAAAUUUCAGUUGUAGAUAACAGCGUUUCGAUAGCAUCACCACUGUACAUAAAACAAUAACUUGUUCGAGUUUUUGAAUAGAAAGUUCCAGUUCAGCCGGUAUUCCUAGGCCUUCUCUCAUAUACAUAUAGAUAACAUCAUAAGGUUGGCGAUAAAAUGAUACGAAAUAGUAAAAGCGUAGGAUGGUCUCAAAUGGAAACAUUAAGUAGACAUAGAAUUAUUUUACUCCAAAAUUGGUACCAAAAAAUAAAAUAUAUCAUGGAGAAACCUGCUAUAAUUCACGAAGAGAACUAUUUCUGUCAUAUUGUUGUCAGCGUAAACUUUUGUGAUUAUAUUUCUCUUAAAACCAGAUCACAAUACUUAAAGCCAUCGAUUUUUCAAUGGUAUAGAUAAUUUGCGUCAAAAACUAAGCAGUGACUAUUGUUCUAUUACGGACAAUUCGUAAAUGAUACCUUAUAUUUAUGUUACAGUUCUGGAAGAUGUAUAUUUUUUAUUAUUCUGUUUAUAAUUUGCCAUGACGUGAUUCUAGUUCAGUUUUAAAUUUCACAGGAUCGAAUUUGAGUUGAAAUCAUUCACAUCUCAUGCAGUUGAGGACAAAAGCUUGGUGUUUAAGGCAAAUCAAAUUCUUGUUAAAAAAAGGGGAUUAUGUGAUGAGAUAUUUAGAAUGCACAUUUUCAAUAAGCACAACUUAAAACGAAUGCACAAAGAUUUUUGAUUCAAGGCAAGGAAAUUAUUAUUAAUUUUCAUUGCCAAAUAUGGAGAAAUGGUGCUUGAAACAUUAUUGGUUUAUGUACCAUGGCACUAAUACCAGUCGACGUAGAAAAUUCGAUUUUUUGGUUUUGUAAACGAUUUUUUAAGCUGGAAUCUAUUUGCGCAUUUCUUAUGUAAGGAGCUUAACAUGACAUAACAAAAUUCUGUAUAGAAAAGAGUCGAUUGAGCAGCUAUAAACCCAGAAGCUGAGAAUAAUAUCUCUUUAUCAGUGACUUAGUCUUUUUAUAAAAAAGAAAAAUUGGAUCAACAUGUAAUCAACUGCAAUGCUACGGAAAACUUUAAAUCGUAAAUUGAUGUCUGUUAAUCACCGAAGUUGAUACUUUUUGUAUACAUUAUAAAAAAAUUGUUUUGAUGUCAUUUCGCGCACAGAAAUUUGCAUUUUUGAUUACUUUUGAAUUGUAUAACAUGUAACACUCAUCUACUUAAUUCAAGUAGUUUUUAAGUAGGAACUUGAAAUCAAGUUGGUUUUGCUCAGAGUUUGGAUUACACCUAGUUGUAAAUUACUGCCAAAUGAAUGAAAUUUAUCCUUUAUUGUUACUUUUUCGAGAAUAAAGAUAGUUGUCGUUUUGCUUGUUGUUUGAAUCAUACACAGAGAUACAUGCCCCAAAAUUUGCGACAAAUGCACAAAUUCGACCAAUGGGAACGCGUU